CACAGAGUCGUCGUUUUCGUUUCUGCAUCUUUUCACAAUCCUGGCUGCAGUCAUGUACGACUGCGACCUUCCUCGUUGGUCCAAAGAUGAGACUCCCCAAAUUUCAGCAUCCGGUGCAUCGUGUACCCUCAUCUUAACCUUUCUUCAGCUGGAGGAAGGCGGGCCCCGGCGGGAUCCCCCCCUUUCGUCCCAUUCUCUCUUCAUGCUUAGCAUGCUUGGUCUCGCAAAGCCAAUUCUUCAUCAUCCUUCGUACCGCACAUGCAGAAGGGACAUGCCGUCUAGUUCAGGUCCCAGUCCGGGGCCCCGCACCCCAAUGAGGCAUAGCAGCCUCAGUCCGGCGCUAAACAACCGGUUUGUGUCGGGCAAUUGUCGCCUGCUGAAGAAAAAUGGGAAAAACCCCGGCGGCACAAGGCCCUCGGUUAGCCCUAGCCCCCCUAGCCCGCGAUAUCUUCACGAUGCUGCCUGCCAUCCAUGCGGGGUACCUGCGACUCGCCUCCAAUGACUCCGUCGGGAUGGAGUUGUCGUUCUGCAGCGUCGCAUGAUCCGCUCCUAACAUUUGCGCAUCAGAGGUGGAACAUAAUGUUCCGUCCAAGUGGCUUAAUUGAGUGUCCCUGCCACCGUGACGCAUUGG